GGAGAAAACGAGAGUGGCCAUUGAAGGAGAACGAGCUGGUCUCGCGCGCUCUUUUCUUGCUUCGUAGCUCCGUUGAUUCGUGUGGAUUUUUCGUGGAAAUAGCGAUGAAGUACGUGUUAGUGACCGGGGGAGUGGUGAGUGGAUUGGGAAAAGGGGUGACGGCGAGCAGCAUCGGAGUUCUCCUCAAGGCAUGCGGCCUCCGCGUCACCUCCAUCAAGAUAGAUCCCUACUUAAACACCGAUGCGGGAACUAUGUCACCUUUUGAGCAUGGUGAAGUAUUUGUCUUAGAUGAUGGUGGCGAGGUGGAUUUGGACCUUGGAAAUUAUGAAAGGUUUCUUGAUAUCAAGUUAACUCGUGAUAAUAAUAUCACUACUGGAAAAAUCUAUCAGUUUGUCAUUAAUAAGGAAAGGAAGGGUGACUAUCUUGGAGCAACAGUCCAGGUUGUCCCACACAUUACAGAUGCCAUACAAGAAUGGAUUGAACGUGCAGCGAUGAUACCAGUGGAUGGCAAAGAAGGACCAGCUGAUAUUUGUGUCAUAGAGUUAGGUGGAACAAUUGGUGACAUCGAGUCAAUGCCAUUCAUUGAAGCUUUGGGUCAAUUCUCUUAUCGUGUAGGUCCUGGUAAUUUUUGUCUGGUUCAUGUCAGCCUUGUACCAGUAUUGAAUGUUGUCGGUGAGCAGAAAACUAAGCCAACCCAGCAUAGUGUUCGAGGACUCAGAGGACUUGGAUUAAUACCAAAUAUUCUAGCCUGCCGCAGUGCAAAGCCACUGGAGGAAAAUGUUAAAGAAAAACUUUCACAAUUCUGUCAUGUUCCGGUAUCAAAUAUUGUCACACUUCAUGAUGUCACAAAUAUUUGGCACAUUCCUUUACUUCUAAAGAAGCAAAAGACACAUGAAGCUCUUAUAGAACUUUUGCAACUUCAAGGAAUUGCUAAGCAACCUUGGUUGGAUGACUGGACAAGAAGAGCAGAAAUUUGUGAUACUCUUCAGGAUCCUGUUAGGAUUGCAAUGGUUGGAAAAUAUACUGGCCUUUCUGAUUCUUAUCUCUCAGUCUUGAAGGCACUUUUGCAUGCUUCUGUUGAUUGCCAAAGGAAACUUGUUGUCGAUUGGGUAGCAUCUGCUGAUCUUGAAGAAACUAGAGAAAAAGAGGCACCUGAAGUUCACAAAAAGGCAUGGGAUCUAUUGAAGGCAGCAGAUGGCAUACUAGUUCCAGGAGGUUUUGGAGACAGAGGCGUGGAAGGAAAAAUACUGGCUGCUAAAUAUGCCCGUGAAAACAAAGUACCUUACCUUGGCAUUUGUCUCGGAAUGCAGAUUGUUGUGGUCGAAUUUGCUCGUUCUAUCUUGAACUUGCCCUAUGCAAACAGUACAGAGUUUGUCCCUGAUACAACAACACCAUGUAUCAUUUUCAUGCCUGAGGGCUCAAAAACUCAUAUGGGCGGUACGAUGAGACUUGGAUCUAGGAGGACAUAUUUUGAAGCCCCCUGCUGUAAAGCUGCAAAGUUGUACGGGAAUGCCAAUUUUGUUGAUGAAAGGCAUCGACACAGAUAUGAGGUAAACCCAGACAUGGUCCCAGAAUUUGAGAAGGCAGGGCUUGCUUUUGUCGGUAAAGACGAAACUGGAAAACGAAUGGAGAUUAUCGAGCUGCCUGAUCAUCCUUAUUUCAUUGGGGUGCAAUUUCAUCCAGAGUUCAAAUCUAGACCUGGAAAACCCUCUGCCCUUUUCUUAGGACUAAUUGCAGCCUCGAGCGGGCAGCUGGGCACUUUUCUAAAGGAUCCUGUUCAUUAUGAACUCAGAACACCAAGGCAUCCGAUCAAUGAUCCUCUGACUUCAAAAUCUUAUCAGAAUGGGAAUUUGAAGAAGCUUACCGAUGGAUCGGCAAAUGGCAACUGCCAUGCCAAUGGCAAUGACAACGGUGCUCAAGCAGACUCUUGGGCCCAACGAAGUCACUAUCUGCAACUUUAAGAAAGAAUUUUCACAAAUCGAGAUUUUAACAGAGAACAAACAACCUUGUUCUUGUCGCAGUGAAAUUUGAUAUAUCUGAGUUCUUUAUAGAAUGGCUUGUGUUUUAUCUCAGUUCUUCAUACUUCUAUGAUUGUAAACUGUUCUUGAUCAUUUAUCAGCCAGGAUCAUUACAGUGACAUUGUACAGGUCUUUAAGUUUGUUUAAUGUUAAGAAAUGCUGUUCAUAUGGCCAC